GCAAGCUGUUCUGCAUCUAAGGCAGUCACUAAAGAUCACACAGCAUCUGAAAAAUGAAGGAUGCAGUGAUGAGUAACCUCUCUGUGCUCCACUCCAGAGACCUGACUAUAGGAAGCAGGGCUGUGAUUUGCACACUAUCUGAACCUGAUUAUGGAUAAUUUUUUGCAUACAGACCAUGGAAAGGAUCCUGGCUGAGGCAUGGAAAAUAUGUGGCCACAUGAGUCAUUCUGUAAUGGUUGUUCAUAAAUCCUGAGAGAAUCACAAAAGCAAAACAUCUAACAUUGUAUCUUCCCUCUCCCGGCCAGUGGAACUCCACCUCUCGACACACUCGGCACAAGGAUGUGGGAAUAUGGUGAAAGCAAAGGAAAUAGGAUCAUUUUCUCCUUGGAAUAGAAGAAUCUCAUCAAACAUCAGCCAGGCUCAGAUUUGCAACCUUUAAAGAAGAGGCCAUUCAUAAGCUGAGGAGAAAGAAACGAGCUGCUCCUCAGGUUGCCAAAUUUACAGUUCCUACUGCUGGGCUUCAGCUCCUUUCCUUCCUCCCUUGCAGAGCCAGGCAAGGACUGAAGAGCAAGAACCUAAAAACCAGCACCCUCUCCAUCCAUGAGACACUGUCCCAUUGGCCCAUCUGCUUGCUGACCACACUGGGCUCCAACAAAGGAGAUGAGAGAGGAUUUGGGAGCUUCCCAGUGCUGCUGUGCAGGGCAGAGCACAGAAGGGACUUGCUCAAGGGGUUAGAGAAAGGGGACCGGGCAGCAAAGGAUCUUAAAGGCUCAGGUAACAUCUGCCAGUGCCUCUUCCAGCAUUAUCUGAGUUGUCCUCUGGGUACAACCAGCAGGUCUGUGGCAGCUCCAUAUGCUGCUCCGAGCUCCAAACCCAGGGAGAGAGCUCAGUACUCCAGGGUGGAACUACACAGCUUUGGGAAACAUGCUUUUCUGGGGCAAGAGUGACUGGAACUCACCAUUAUCUACCCAACUGCAGGGAUUUCCUGAGCCCUUCUCAGGCCCCUUUCCUGCUGGAUGGAGCUGCUCUCCCUGUUCAGGUUUAUCAGAGGAAGCACAAGUGUCCUCCCUCACUUUGCCACUUGCCUUUGGUAUGGCAUGGUGCUCCUGCUGGUUCUUUCAAGUACAAAUAGCUCCAACCCAGAAGACUUUUAAUCACCCUCUGCAGUAAAAUUGAGAAGGUGCAGGAGCUCCAUCCCCUGUUUAGUCAGGGAGCAGGAGCAGAAAUAAAGGAGCAGACCUCUGAAGGGCCAAGCCUGGUCUGGAGGCUGCAAGGCUGACACUAAAAACCUUCAACUGCCAGACCACGAGUCUGCAAGACCCCCAUAUAAUCCCUGGGAGCUGGGGAGGUCUGUCUGAUCCUCAGCUCUAUUUUCCUGUUUGUGAGACUAGAGAACACUGUGAACUAGCACGUGGGAAAAGAUCUGGAUCUCCCCCAGAGCCACUUGGGUCUCUGUGGGGGAAGGAUGCUUUCCAAGAAUAUCCCGGAGCAGGAAGGAGACCCAAAUGAGUCACUCAAGGCAUCAUCGAGCUCUGAUGAUGAAGUACAGCCCUGGUACAGUUCGGAUCUAGAUUCUUAUGCCCCUCCCAGUGCCCCUCUGACACUGGGCUUGUGUCUGCUUGGGCAGCGCAGGCUCUGACAGCCCCCAAAACCUCAUCAUUCUGGGAUCUGCCUCUUGCUUCCGUGAGUUAAGGACUAACCAAAGGAAAUGCGUAAGCAGGGUCGCUGGUGCUGCAAUUCCCAUAGAGCUCUGACACUGCAGUGGGGCACUGGAUCCUGCACCAGGAUGGGGAACCUUGGGAAUGGGUGGAUGUCUCACAGGCUCCUACUGUGCUGUGCCUUCUGGGGACUCCGUGUGGCCUCUCAGGACUACGAUGAUUACUCUCAGAAUAGCACCAACGACCAGGACAAGACGCUAGAGACCACCCCAUGUCCCCGAGCCAUCCCUGGGGACAAGGCCACCGUGAACAACAUCACAUACCUGCUGAUCCCCGAGGCCACACGUUCCCAGCUGGGCAGUGCCCUCACUGUACGCCUCAUCCCUGCCCUCUACACCCUCGUGUUCCUGGUGGGGCUCCCCUCCAACGGGCUAGCCCUGUGCGUCCUGGCCACCAGGGCAGAGAGGCUCACCUCCACCGUGUUCCUGAUGAACCUGGCUGCUGCAGACCUGCUGCUCAUGUUGGUGCUGCCCUUCAAGAUUUCCUACUAUUUCCUGGGGAAUGACUGGCCCUUCGGGGAAGGGCUGUGCCGGCUCACCACGGCUCUGUUCUACGGGAACAUGUACUGCUCGGUGCUGCUGCUCACCUGCAUCAGCGUGGACCGCUACCUGGCUGUGGUCCAUCCCUUCUCUUCCCGUGCCUUCCGCACCCCUGCCUUCGCCGCCUGGACCUGUGUCACUGUCUGGUUCUGCUCGGCUGUGCUCACCCUGCCCCUGGCCUUGCAGCAGCAGUCCUACCCCCUGCUCGGGGCAGACCUCACCCUCUGUCACGACGUCCUGCCCAGGCAUGAGGAUGACGGGUAUUAUUUCUACUACUUCGUGUGCCUGAUCGCCUGCGCCUUCCUGCUGCCGCUGCUGGUGGUGCUGUUCAGCUACUGCUCCGUGCUGCGCGUCCUCCUGCACGGGGGGAAGCGCUACUCCUACCCCAUGAAGCUCACGGCGCUCGUGGUGUUCACCCUCGUGGCCUUCUACACUCCCAGCAACGUUCUGCUCUUGGGUCACUAUUCCAGCUACUGCUCCAGGCUGUACGGGAAGCUCUACAUCAGCUACAUGGUGAGCCUGGCCAUCAGCACGUGCAAUAGCUGUGCUGACCCCUUUGUCUACUACUAUGUGUCAGAAGACUUCAGGGAUAAGGUCAGGAAAAGGUUCUUCAGGAGCAGCAAGCAAAACAGCACUUCCCUGAAGACCUCCAAGUUCUCCAAGGAAACACUCCCCCGUUCCAAACACUCCCUGGUGUAAAGCCCCCAACCCAGCUCCUGCUCCCAGGGCUCUCCCAACACACAGUGGGGAUAAAGAUGAAGACAACACUGGAAUUCCACAAGUUUCUUCCAGGAGCCAAGUCCUUUUUCCUGUCUGCACAGCAAAGAGUGAAUAAACCUGGUCUGUGGGAUUCUUUGUGGUGUGAGAUGCUUAGUGCUGAACUCAUACAUCAACUACUGGGACACUGCAGCUUCUCACCUGGUCAGGUAUCACCAGGGAUAUUCUUGCUUGAUACACCCGGGGUUGCUUCUUCUGACCCUGCCAGCUGAUUGCUCUCUGCCUUCUAGCUCUGCUCCUGCUCCUUAAACACAUAUUCCCUUCACCUAAAACUGAAAAAGACCAGGCAUUGCAAAACCAAAUUUCUAUAUUUCAAAAGAUUCAAAAGUUUCAAAAGAUACUCUCCUGGACUGAAACAGUCAAGAGAAUGUAGAGCACUGGCUUUUCUAGGAAAGACAUUCUUGGCUUGAUUCAUAAGCAACCCCACAGUAAUGUCAGCUCAUUGUUGGUAACAAGUGCAGAAAUCCCAUUCACUCAUCCCUGUUUUUGCAAAUGACCCUUGACAUCCAUAAUUUCUUUGGGGCAAAGAUUGUAUUAAUGGAUUUUUUAAAAAAAUUAUGUCUCUUGAAGGGCAAUAUUAAAGUAGGAAUUGAGCAAACUCUUGCUCUAGGACUCCAUACUUCUUUUGUGUAAUGUCACCCACAACCAAAAGCUGAAAGACAUGCUCAGGCUUGUUGCUUAUUGGAAUCUGUUGCAAAUUCACCAUAUUUAUCAAACUGCAACAGGCUCAUCUCUCAGACACAACUGGGGCAUAGGCCCAGUAAGAAGCAAGGUAGAAAAUGAACAAUAACCCUCCUUAAAGUCCCUGAAUUUUAUGGUUUUCCUGGUACAGACUUGACAGCGUGAAUAAAAAGAGGCAGACAAGAUUGUCUUAAAAUAAGUUUUUAAUAAAAUAUUUAUCAGAAUCUAAAACAAA